CAGAGCAUUCGAUUUCAUGCAAAAAAAAAAACUAGUUUUGUGUCGGUUCCUUCCUCGGUAGGAGAGAAAGAGUUCCAGCUCGGCAGGUUCGGUCCGGUCCGGAACCUUUGUCCCCCGUCAGUUUAUGAGCGUGUUGGCCAGCUGGAACCGUUUGGUGAAAGGGAGCAAAAAAAUGGAACGGCUGUGAUUUGGUGUGUGAGAACCUGCCUUCUGGAUUAGUGGUGUCCUCCGCGGUUUGGGGAGUUGGUGAAGAGGGUGGUCAACUAGCUCGGUGGUCGUUGGCAGUGUGUGUGUGUGCAAGUGUCCAGAUUUUUGCUGGUUCUCAAACUCGCCUGGUUUGUACGGUCUGGAAGUCUAUCGGAACGCAGUUCCGAACCUGGUUGGAGUUUGCUUGUUCCGAAAAGGUUGGUGUCUCAGUGAAGGAAGGUGAAAUCUGGAAGAAAAAGUUCGCCAAUCAAUAACGGUGGCACAGUGAACGGGGCAGUCGAGAAGAAGAAAAAAGAAGCAAAAGCCUCUUCCUUCGGGAAGAUUUGGUGCCAAAGUGCCGACCAGGGUUGUCCCUGUGGGGACCAGUGUACCGCAAAGGGACGGCGUUGCAUGGAUGUGAUUGGUGUCGGUUCUGGGGGUAGAAGCAAGCACCUGUCUACGAUGGCCGCGCCUACGGCAGCCCGGAACGGCGGUGGCAUCAGGGACGCGGCCAGCGGCCCGCGGGUCGUGACGAUCCACAAGACAGAGACCGGCUUCGGGUUCAACGUACGUGGCCAGGUCAGCGAGGGUGGCCAGCUGCGGUCCAUUAACGGCGAGCUGUACGCACCGCUGCAGCACGUCAGCGCCGUCCUGGACAACGGGGCCGCCGAGCUGGCCGGCAUCAAGAAGGGCGACCGCAUUCUGGAAGUAAAUCACGUGAACGUGGAGGGAGCCACCCACAAGCAGGUGGUUGAUUUGAUCAAGUCCGGCGGUGACACGCUCACGUUGACGGUGAUAUCAGUGACGCAGCAGGAAGCGGAACGGCUCGAACCAACGGAAGACCCCGGCGGAUACUCGUACAUCGACUACUCCGAGAAGCGCAGCCUACCGAUCAGCAUUCCCGACUACAACAUCAUCCACCGCGGGAACGAGCGGUACGUGGUGUUCAACAUCCACAUGGCGGGCCGGCAGCUCUGUUCCCGGCGGUACCGCGAGUUCGCCAACCUGCACCAGCUGCUCAAGAAGGAAUUCACCGGGUUUAACUUCCCCAAGCUGCCCGGCAAGUGGCCCUUCCAGCUGAGCGAGCAGCAGCUGGACGCCCGCCGUCGAGGCCUCGAGCAGUACCUCGAGAAGGUGUGCGCGGUGCGGGUCAUCGCGGAGAGUGACGCCGUGCAGGAGUUUCUCACCGACUCGGAGGACGACGUCGCGGCCUCGCCCGUCGACAUCAAGAUCAUGCUGCCGGACCACGGCGUGGUGACGGUGUCGGUGCGCAAGUCGGCCAACGCACAGCUGGUCUGGGAACAACUAGUACAACGAGCGAGCCUCACCUCGUACACACAGCAAUAUUUUUACCUGUUUGAAAUUGUCGAGUAUAACUUUGAGCGGAAGCUCCAGCCGCACGAAAUCCCCCACCAGCUGUACGUGCAGAACUACAGCACGGCCUCGAGCACGUGUCUGUGCGUGCGCCGGUGGCUGUUCUCGGUGGAGCGCGAGAUGACGCUGCCGACCGGGGAGCAGGCGGCCAAGUACAUCUUUUACCAGGCCGUCGACGAGGUGAACCGGGGCAACAUCCGCGCCGAUGGGCGCCUGUACGAGCUGAAGGCGCUGCAGGACUCGAAGAAGGCGGACGAGUACCUGUCGCUGGCGCGCACCCUACCCGGCUACGGCGACAUCGUGCUGCCGCACUGCGCCUGCGACAGCCGCAAGGAGGGCCACGUCGUGCCGGCCGUCGGCAUGAAGAGCUUCCGGUUGCACGCGUGCCGCGAGGACGGCGGCAUCGAGGCGCAAACGGUGGAGCUCCAGUGGGCGACCAUCUCGCGCUGGGAGAGCGACGAGGAGUCGAUGGCGUUCUGCUUCCAGUACAGCCGGUCGGACAAGCCGCCCCGGUGGGUGAAGGUGUACACGCCUUACCACGCGUUCCUGGCGGAUUGCUUCGACCGGAUAAUGGAGGAACGUUCCUGGGACGACACGGGAGAGUAAUUAACGCAGGACCCGCGCCGGUUGUCCCCCGCCGCGAUGCUCAAGGAAGAAGAAGAUGCAGACGAAGAUCAUGGUGACGGUGGCGGCGCUGGGGUGAGUUAGACUAGCAAUUAGACAAAUUAAUCUCUUUAAAUAAUUUAUUCGCAAUUGGCGAAAGUGCGAAGGAUGUGUUCUAACGACCGAGCAGAGCAGAAUGGUAUUAGUCGUUGCUGGCGCAAAUCGACGAACAAUUUGGUUGAAAUUGCAAGUAUUAUGUUUUUUUUUUGGAUUAAAAUGAGGUUAUUCCGUUGUUUGUCCAGUGUAACAACAAUAAAAAUUUGCUUUUGCUCCGUGAAUCUCCCACAGUUUUGCCUACUUUUAACCUUUGACACAUCCGCCAACAGUUGCGUUAAAACAUUACUUGCGUCCUAAACACGAAGAAAAUGAAUGUGAUUUUAUUAAUCAAAAAGUAUCCCUAACAUUACGUCAUUUUAUUUACGGUUCAUGUGAUUAUUAGUUUACGUAAGCGCGCCCUCCCCGGCUUAGCAUUAAGUUUGUAUUCUCGAAGAAGGCCCUGUUGUUGUUGUCCAGCUGGAUCCUGGUGGUACUUAUCACACGUUCAUCCUUGCCUGCUGUGCACCUUGUUUAGUUUCGCAAAGCCAUCCCACAUCAGCGACAGCAACAGCCUCGAAUCGCUCGUGUCUCGAGGUCGACAAUAGAACGAAAAUUAUGGGGGAAAUCGUCUCUCAAAGAGCGAACAACCUUAUGCAGAUGUAAUUUAGAGUAACAAUCGCUCUGAUAACCCCGCGGUAGGUGAAUAAUAGGUCAAUCACGAGCACGUUUUCCGCGUAGCCAUUGCAAGCACUCUCGAAAGCAUUUAAUAAUGAAUUAUUUUAUAGAAAGGCACCGGUAGCGAUUGUUACUCUACAUUGUUCAACCCUGAUUUUUUUUUAAAUUUCACUCUCUUCCGUUCUGGACUGCGCAAUAUUCCAAUUUGGGAACACUUGCAAUAAGGUUGAAUGCGGAAGAAAAAGAAGUCGCAUCUCACCGAUUUUGUUUCACUCUGGUUGUUUGCGGCGUUUAAUCUGUGGUGAAGAUCAUUGAGCAGCACAGGGAAAACGGAUUAGUAGUUGAUAUAAAAAAGGUAGUAUUUUGUGUAGACACGUGUCUGACUAGAGAAAAGUAAAUAAAAAAAACAGUCAAGCUUCAAACGUUAAACACCUCGAAAGAUCAUGCAAAUUCCCGAUUUCAGUUCACAGGCCAUCACUCGCUUUUUGGUGAAACUAGUCGACACAAACAGAAAAGAUACAACUAUCAGCAGCACACCUCACAACUUCCUUCUUCUGCGUCGUGUACAUAUUCGUUUUAUCCUAAAUAGCAAAACUACAAAACACAGAAAAAUCCUUCUACCUUCUUCUCUAUAUCACCGAUAUUAAGCCUCUAAAGUUAAGCAACAGAUUUCAAUUACAAACACAACACCUUGUUAUUGACUAUAUCAUCCCCACACUUACUAAGAAAAAAAAAUCGAGAAGUAAACAGAAAAGCAACACUAAAAACAAGUAGAUUUAAUAAACAGUGUUAGUGCAGUAACAGAAAUAAAACCCGUGAAGAUCUUUACAGAAAUUGAUUAAAGUUUAAGAAUCUGGUUGAUAUAUUAUAUCAGUAUGAAAUAGUUUUAAAGAGUAUGAAUCGAACAAAUAUAAACUAAAAAAAAAUAUAUAUGACACAGAAUAAUAUCUAGAGGUAACCCCCUGAAGAAAAAAACAAGUUGCAAAAGCUAAGAACAUCAGCUGAGACGCUGAAAGUAAUAAAAAGAAAGUACGAUUCGCGAGAACCAGUCAACUAUGCAAA